UUUCCUAAAACCAAGAAUGUAUCUUCAGUAAGCUCAUCCUCAAAGUAUUCAGAGGCAUCUACUUCACUGCAUUCUUGUUGGUAAUACCCUUAUACUUCAUACUGAUAACCUUGAAAAUUAUCUAGCCAAGACGUCGAACUAAAUUAAAUUUAGAAUUUGCACUAUCCAAAUUCAUCAGCAUUACAAUGGGAUAUCCAGCAUCAGGAGAAAAUGAGAACUGUCCCCUAUUCCAUCUCAAGAUGCAGGCAGCCAUAUCGGAUGCACGGAAAAGCCACGGAUCAACUGUGAACUUAUUGAUUUGGGCUAUAGACUCAGCGACGACUGAUAUUCGCCGGAUUGAAGCAAAUCUAAUUAAAGAGGACCCUGCAGUAACAGCCGAAGCCACCCAAGAAAUUGUGUCGGAUCUAAACAGGAUGGUGGCUGGACUACAACGUCUGGUGAAUAAUGCCCGGCCCGGGACAUAUAUACUCCCACCACAACUGGACAACUAAUCUGGAUCACUCCUUUCAUUGAUUAUGAUCAUACAUAUGACAAAGACUUUCAUAAUUAAAAUUUUUUCUC